AACCAGAGUAAGCGAAUCCAAGGCAUAUCCGAUUCCCCGACGAAGUAUGGAUAUAUAAAAAGAGAAACCACGGGCACCUGAUCACUGGGUUAGAGAUUGGCGUUCAACCACUAUCCUUCCACACGAGGACACGAGAAGAUUAUUAUGUCGCCUACUCUGAUUUGUGAUGCGGUGGAAUGGCAAGACUUGAAGGGAAACGUCGAGGAGAUAAAAAGGAUGCACUUGCGUGAUCUCCUGGCUGAUGUUGAGCGGUGCAAAUCAAUGAUGGUGGAGUAUGAUGGGAUAAUUUUGGACUAUUCUAGGCAGUGUGCAGACCAGGAAACAAUGGAGAAACUUUUCAAGUUGGCAGAGGCAGCUCAUCUUAGAGAGAAGAUUAAUAGAAUGUACAAUGGAGAGCAUAUAAACAGUACCGAGGACAGGUCUGUGCUGCAUAUAGCUUUGCGUGCUGCAAGGGAUUCAGUUAUUCGUAGUGAUGGGAGGAAUGUGGUUCCAGAUGUUUGGCAUGUAAUAGAAAAGAUCAAUGACUUCUCUGAAAGGGUUCGAAGUGGUUCAUGGGUUGGAGCAACAGGAAAACCAUUGAAGGAUGUAAUAGCUGUGGGUAUUGGUGGAAGCUUUCUUGGACCUUUAUUUGUGCAUACUGCUCUUCAGACUGAUCCUCAGGCUGCAGAGUUUGCAAAAGGGAGACAACUCCGUUUUCUUGCAAAUGUUGAUCCGGUUGAUGUUGCCCGAAGCAUUACUGGUUUGAAUCCUGAAACUACAUUGGUCGUUGUAGUUUCAAAAACUUUUACAACAGCUGAAACUAUGUUGAAUGCUCGGACAUUGAGGGAAUUGAUUUCUGAUGCUUUGGGCCGACAGGCAAUAGCAAAGCAUAUGGUGGCUGUCAGUACAAAUCUGAAGCUUGUGGAACAGUUUGGGAUUGACCCGAAUAAUGCUUUUGCUUUUUGGGACUGGGUUGGUGGUCGCUAUAGUGUUUGUAGUGCUGUUGGUGUGCUGCCUUUAUCUCUCCAAUAUGGUUUUCCAAUCAUUGAAAAGUUUUUGAAUGGAGCUCGUAGCAUUGACGACCACUUCUAUUCAACUUCGUUUGAUAAAAAUAUACCUGUGCUUCUAGGUUUAUUGAGUGUAUGGAAUGUUUCAUUUCAUGGGUUUCCGGCAAGAGCUAUAUUACCAUACUCUCAAGCACUAGAGAAGUUUGCCCCACAUAUUCAACAGGUGAGCAUGGAAAGUAAUGGAAAGGGUGUAUCCAUUGAUGGAAUUCCGCUUCCUUUUGAAACUGGUGAAAUUGAUUUUGGAGAACCUGGAACAAAUGGUCAGCAUAGUUUUUACCAGCUAAUACAUCAGGGAAGAGUUAUUCCUUGUGAUUUUAUUGGCGUUGUCAAAAGCCAGCGGCCUGUGUAUUUGAAAGGAGAAAUAGUAAGCAAUCAUGAUGAGCUCAUGUCUAAUUUCUUUGCACAACCAGAUGCUCUUGCUUAUGGGAAGUCCCCCGAACAGCUACAGAGUGAGAAUGUGGCCAGUCACCUCAUUCCUCAUAAGACCUUUUCUGGUAAUCGGCCGUCUCUUAGUCUUCUUCUACCUUCCUUGUCUGCUUAUAACGUUGGACAGCUUUUAGCUAUAUACGAGCACCGUAUUGCUGUUGAGGGCUUCAUAUGGGGUAUCAACUCAUUUGAUCAAUGGGGUGUGGAGUUAGGCAAGUCACUUGCCUCCCAAGUCAGAAAACAGUUGAACUUGUCUCGCAAAUCAGAGAAGCCUAUUGAGGGCUUCAACUUUAGUACCACAACAUUGUUAAGUAGAUAUCUUCAGGUGGAUAGUGGCUUACCACCUGACAGCUCUACUACCGUGCUACCAAAAAUCUAAUGUAUCACUCAGCCUCAGGAAGAUGAACUUUGCUUAGUUAUCUGUUUUAUUAUUGUGAUAAUAAUUGGCACUUUUGGAUGCCGAUUCUGUAACCCUUCAAGCUUGAGGACUAAUAAGUAAAGGCAAGCAAAUAGAAUAUUUUGAUUGCUUCGUGUCAUGCAGAAUGUUCAUUGUGGAGCUGAAGGUUUUAUUUGGGAUAAUUUAUUAUUAUUAUUAUUUAUUUGCUGUUUUUAAA